CAAAUCCAGUGUCUUUAUAGAACAACACAGUUACACGAAAAUCACUUAUCAGCGUAUAUGAUAGUCAUCUGGGUUUGGUUUUUUGUGUGUUUGUUUUUAAGCGAGGAAGUUAACCAAGGAGAUAACAAUGGGUUGUCUACUUUUAAAGUUUUUUGUGUGCUGGAAGACACGCUGUGUGUGCGUGUUUGGAUUUAGGGACCCCAGUUUGAUCAGGUUAGCGGACCUGAGAGGUCAGUGCCUAAUAUUGCACUGCAAGAUGAUUAGAAAUUUAGACAUAAAGUUCACUUCCUAAGUAGUUUCCACUAAUAGCAGUAGGGCUGACUCGUGAGAGGAGCAAAGAUUUAGCAGGAUUCACUUGAGCGAAUUGUAGAAGGAGGCGGUGAUAACAUUCUUAGGUAGUGUUAUCUUGAACUUCAGAAGAAACCGCUCAACUCUUCAGCAAUUGCUUGAGGGACCAGCCUGUCUCUCGGGGUUCCCUCCAGGCUUUCCAAGCUGCUUUAUUUUUAGACCCCAGACAGUGACGCUGGGUGGACUUAAGUCAGUUUUACCUGAAUUGUGUAUACAAGAGCACCUGUCAUGAAGCAUGUAUGGUAAUGAAGUAAUCAAAUCAUGAGCUAGAUGUUAGGUUGAAGUAAGUCAUCAGACUGAGUACUAAAUUAAAACUGUUGACUUUAGCCUUCCCUCAACUCUUUAUAUAUAAAACUCCAAACCUAUGGAAAAAUUGGGGAAAAAAUCAUACAGUGAACACCCAUAUACCCUUCACCUGGGGAUCCCAACUGUGAAUCUUUCACGGACCGAUCCUUUGAAAUACUUCAGCCAUGACUAAAAGAGAAGCAGAGGAGCUGAUAGAAAUUGAGAUUGAUGGAACAGAGAAACCAGAGUGCACAGAAGAAAGCAUUGUAGAACAAACCUACGCACCAGCUGAAUGUGUAAGCCAGGCCAUAGACAUCAAUGAACCAAUAGGCAAUUUAAAGAAACUGCUAGAACCAAGACUACAGUGUUCUUUGGAUGCUCAUGAAAUUUGCCUGCAAGAUAUCCAGCUGGAUCCAGAACGAAGUUUAUUUGACCAAGGAGUAAAAACAGAUGGAACUGUACAGCUUAGUGUACAGGUAAUUUCUUACCAAGGAAUUGAACCAAAGUUAAACAUCCUUGAAAUUGUUAAACCUGCGGACACUGUUGAGGUUGUUAUUGAUCCAGAUGCUCACCAUGCUGAAUCAGAAGCACAUCUUGUUGAAGAAGCUCAAGUGAUAACUCUUGAUGGCACAAAACACAUCACAACCAUUUCAGAUGAAACUUCAGAACAAGUGACAAGAUGGGCUGCUGCACUGGAAGGCUAUAGGAAAGAACAAGAACGCCUUGGGAUACCCUAUGAUCCCAUACAGUGGUCCACAGACCAAGUCCUGCAUUGGGUGGUUUGGGUAAUGAAGGAAUUCAGCAUGACCGAUAUAGACCUCACCACACUCAACAUUUCAGGGAGAGAAUUAUGUAGUCUCAACCAAGAAGAUUUUUUUCAGCGGGUUCCUCGGGGAGAAAUUCUCUGGAGUCAUCUGGAACUUCUCCGAAAAUAUGUAUUGGCAAGUCAAGAACAACAGAUGAAUGAAAUAGUUACAAUUGAUCAACCUGUGCAAAUUAUUCCAGCAUCAGUGCAAUCUGCUACACCUACUACCAUUAAAGUUAUAAAUAGUAGUGCGAAGGCAGCCAAAGUGCAAAGAGCACCGAGGAUUUCAGGAGAAGAUAGAAGCUCACCUGGGAAUAGAACAGGAAACAAUGGCCAAAUCCAACUAUGGCAGUUUUUGCUAGAACUUCUUACUGAUAAGGAUGCUCGAGACUGUAUUUCUUGGGUUGGUGAUGAAGGUGAAUUUAAGCUAAAUCAGCCUGAACUGGUUGCACAAAAAUGGGGACAGCGUAAAAAUAAGCCUACAAUGAACUAUGAGAAACUCAGUCGUGCAUUAAGGUAUUAUUAUGAUGGGGACAUGAUUUGUAAAGUUCAAGGCAAGAGAUUUGUGUACAAGUUUGUCUGUGACUUGAAGACUCUUAUUGGAUACAGUGCAGCAGAGUUGAACCGUUUGGUCACAGAAUGUGAACAGAAGAAACUUGCAAAGAUGCAGCUCCAUGGAAUUGCCCAGCCAGUCACAGCAGUAGCUCUGGCCACUGCUUCUCUGCAAACGGAAAAGGAUAAUUGAGCCCCAGGACAUUCUGGGACUCCGAAGUCUUUCUUAAAAUGUUUAGAGCAAGUAUAGCUCUUACCUUUAUUACCGAAUUUGAAUCUUCUUUUAUUUCUAGACUGUACAGUCUGAUGCAUGAUUUUUUUAUAAAUAUUUCAUACUCUUGUGAAUUUGGAUCUUUUUACUUUGAGCAUAUAUUUUAGAAUAUGUGUAUGUUAAAGGAUCUCCACAAUGUCUGCAGCGUGAAGGCAGGUUCAUUGUGGAAUAGUUUGUUAACAGUCAGGAAAGCUAAACUGGUCAGUAUUAAUGUGUAGCCCUACCAAAAAUAGCCAGUAGUAUCUGAAAAUGAAAAAUAAAUGAAGUAUCUCCAGGAAACAGUCUGGCUUAACUAUUUUUGAAAAUAUAACUGUUUCCCCUCUCUGCUGCUUUAGAUGUUGCUUUACAUAGAACCAGAAAAUGGAAUUUCUCAGCUAAAGCAUGUGUGCCUGUUUCAUCUAAUCAAGCAGAGCUAAAAUGUUCAUAUCAAAUAAAUUUAUAUUAAUUACUAAACUAAGAGUAUCAGGUUAUUUAUGUAUUUGCAAGCAAAGGACAGUAAGAAGUUGACUGGCAAAAAGAGCAGUGCUGAAGGAGGAGAUCCAGGUUUAAAUCUGGCUUAUUAACUCAAGCCAAUUGUAAGGAUUUUCUGUAUAGAUUAUUCAUGUCAGACCAAGAAUUUAAAUUAUUUUGAGAGAGGCAUUUAAUUCUAAUAAACCAGCUGUUACAAAAAUUAUAAAAUGAUCUCUGUUUUUCCUGUCAGAGAUUUAAAAAACUGAAAAGGUAUACCUCAACCCAAAAGUAAAGGUUUGGUUUGGUUUGUUAUGGCUUCCUUUUUUUAAAAUUACCCUGUAGUGCCAGUUUAUUAUGCAAAGCAGCUUAUAUUCCUGUGUUUCUGAUAAAAUGAAGACUUUAAAUUAGUCAGCAGUACUUUACCUUUCAAGGCAUUAGUAAAUUACCUUCAAAUAGUUUUAAAAAGAAAAUUCGACCUCUGUUAUAGGCAGUCUUCUAAGAUAAUACUUUUCCACUUUUUUUCCUUUUCCAUAUUAUAUAUGUGUAUACAUAUAUCUAUAUAUUCAGUUGAUCAUUUUCUAAACAUAUAUGAAGGCAUAAAGAUAUACAGAAGAAAAAUUAUUAUUCAUUUUAAGAUUCAAAUUAAAUAAUUCCUGCAUAUAUGACAUUCCUUACAUAAGCUAACACUAAACAAAAAUGGCUAGAAAUGUCUUUUUCUUUCUUUUUUUUUGUUGUUUAAGGUAUUAAGCACAAAUUAUUCUAUGAGACUGGCAGAUAGCUAUUAAUCCUCUUACAGAUUUGAGAAGGUUGAUUCUCAAAUAUUUAUGCACCUUCUCCUUCAUUGUUUUCUUUAAAUCUGUCCCCUUAAAAAGCUUCUUAAGAGCUCAGUUAAUGCUUUUGACUUAACUAGGAGAACAAGGCAUGUUAAUGCAGGCAAGAUGGCAUUGUUAGCAAUUCUGGUAGUGGUUUGGAAUAAAUCAUAAGAGGCAGGGAUCUUAAGGACAAGGAAGAGAGGAGAGAGAGAGAGGAGGGAUCUUUGAUUUCUUUCUCUGGUAAUCCUAACGCAUCAUUUUACUCCAACAUGUUCUCUUAAUUCAUUUAUAUUAUUAAGUCCUUUCUGCAGCUGAUAUCUGAGCAGAGUAAAAUUUGUACGUCCAUUAUUACUUUUUUGAAAGAGAAUAUAUGAACAAAUUAUUAGUACAAUUUGUGCACUGUGGUUGUAAGAAUGUCUGAGUAAAAUAACAAUAUGAAAUAAUAUACAGAAGCUCUAGCGUCAGAUAACACAUAGACAGCUAGAAAGGUUUUGCACCAUCCUCUUACGGCCUAGGGAGUUGACAAGUUGCUUGUAGUUUUAAAAAAAAAAAUAAAGUAUACCGUUCUGCUAUAUCAUCAAGAGCUUAAGAAUCUUGGCUUUCAUAUUUAAAAUGCUUUUGGGAAGACAUAUAUUAAAAUUUUAGCCAAGAUGACAGACAUGUCUCAAUUAUAUAUGUGUGUGUAUGUUUUUAAAGCUAGAAACAUUAGUUUUAGAUUCCUAGAAUGAAAAUUCUUUUCUCAUCUAUGCAAUUCCCGUAUGGUUUUUCUAAAAUCAUAUUUUAUUCAUUUUCUCCCUUUAGCAAUUUUCAUCUUAUUUCUCAUAAUUUGAAUAGAGACAGUUCUCAUACAUGAUCAGAUGCUUUUUUUUUCUUCUUACCAUCAUUUAUGCAUGACAUAGGUAAAGUAAUAUGACUGAUUUCUCCAGUUGAUUCAAGAAACUCAUUACUUUGCCUUAAAUUAUAUGUAAAAUAUUUGUUUUACUUAGGUUACAGUUAUCAGAAAGCCAGGUAGUUUUUUUUUCUUCUAUUAAAAGAUAACAUAUUGUGAAAGAAAAUUAAAAGUUAUGCUAUUCAUUCUUUGCUUUGUUUUUAUAAAUGAAUUUUUCAUAGAAUUUACAGUAUAUUCAAAGGAAGAAAGAUAAAAUUAUUGGUCAUCAUUUGUACCUUAGAAGUACAAGAAUUUAAGUAAAAGAAAUGUUCAUUUUUGUUUUAAAACUUGUUUUCCAUGUGAAGUUUUUAUUGAGCCAACUUUCAUACAUAUCUCGCUAGCCUAAAGUCUAAAUAUUUGUGUUGGCAUCAGAAAAACCAAUUAGGCAGAAUUGCUUUGCGUGGUUGAUCUUCAGAUAAAUUGACUGAUCACAUUUAUUUUUGUAUCAGUCUAUGUCAUUUAAUUAGGAAAAAUUAUUUAGGUGUUUUCUCCCCUGAUUAAUGGUGAUACUCAAGUAUGAUACAAAAAGAAUUGUAUCACCAAAUAUUUUUGCGAGGUCUGCUGUUUUCCAUAUUCCUUUUAUGCUACUGCCUUUAAGAAAGAACUAGUAUCCUUGAAAUAGCACAAAAAUGUUUUAAAAUUCAUAAUUGCAAAAUAAACCUGUGACUAACUUAAUGUCUUCAGAUCUAAAGGGUGUAAAAAUAUUGAUACUUCAAUAUUUCAUUUGCUGCCAGGAAAAAAAAAAUUCUCAAUCUUUUGUAAAUGGGAGGAGGACUUUUGCAUACAUUUUUACUCUUUAAAUAACGACAACGACACUUAUACUGUCAUAAUAACAAUUAUGUAUUUCUUUGUGGUUUUAAUUUUUUUUUGUAAUUUUACAUAAAACAGUUAUUUUCUAUUUUUACGCAGAUAAAAAAUAUUUGUGCAUAAAAUGUAAAAAUAGUAAAAUGAGAAAAAUAAAACUAUUAUACAGUA